GCCAGUGGCUAAGGGAGUUCUACACUCUUGUUGAAUUGCCUUGAAUUGCAGCGUGUCGAAAGGCUUUCUAAUAUGGAGAGCGCAUCUAUUGAAACGGCCUUCUUUGAAGCCUGUGAAAGUGGUGAUAUAGCCCAAGCCAAAAUGCUGCUCGCACUCAGAGUUUUCGAUCCCACUAGACUAGUUAGUAAGAGGACGCCAGAGGGAAGAACAUGUUUACAUCUUGCAGUACUUGCAGGAAGUCCAGAUUUGUUAAAAAAAUUUAAACUGCGACAAUUCAUCAACGAGAUGGACAAUCGAGGCGACACGGCCUUGCAUUUAGCUGUCUGGAAAUAUCGUCUAGAUCUGGUGACAUUAUUGUUAGAUGGUAAGGCUGAUUGUAAGGCUGACUUGAGCGUGAAAAAUAACAGGGGAGAAACUCCGCUAUGCGUGGCUGUAAAGUUUGGAUCCCUGGAUGUUGUGAAGAAGUUGAUAGAUCAUGAACCGGAGGCCGUCCAAAAAUUAUGUAAAGAUGUCAAAAUUUUGCAUCUUGCUGUGAAUCUUAACCGAGCCAAUAUUGUUGGAUUUUUAAUUAAAAAAAGUGUAGUUAUAAAAAACAGAAACGGCCUUCUUUGAAGCCUGUGAAAGUGGUGAUAUAGCCCAAGCCAAAAUGCUGCUCGCACUCAGAGUUUUCGAUCCCACUAGACUAGUUAGUAAGAGGACGCCAGAGGGAAGAACAUGUUUACAUCUUGCAGUACUUGCAGGAAGUCCAGAUUUGUUAAAAAAAUUUAAACUGCGACAAUUCAUCAACGAGAUGGACAAUCGAGGCGACACGGCCUUGCAUUUAGCUGUCUGGAAAUAUCGUCUAGAUCUGGUGACAUUAUUGUUAGAUGGUAAGGCUGAUUGUAAGGCUGACUUGAGCGUGAAAAAUAACAGGGGAGAAACUCCGCUAUGCGUGGCUGUAAAGUUUGGAUCCCUGGAUGUUGUGAAGAAGUUGAUAGAUCAUGAACCGGAGGCCGUCCAAAAAUUAUGUAAAGAUGUCAAAAUUUUGCAUCUUGCUGUGAAUCUUAACCGAGCCAAUAUUGUUGGAUUUUUAAUUAAAAAAAGUGUAGUUAUAAAAAACAGUGGAAUUCUCAGAGAGCUUAUCAACCAACGUGCUGAAGUCCCUGGCAUAAAGCGAGCUGAUAAUGAAGGUAAUCGUGAUAUGAAGGUUUCUGUUGAUUUCUCAUUUAAAAAGGUGGAGUUGUCGGACCUUAAUGGCCAGCCUAACAGCCAGGCAAUUGUUCAAGGAGAUACGCCCUUACACAUUGCAGCAAGGAACAAAAGUGAGCCUAUUGUGGAUACGCUACUAAGGGUGCCUGGGGUGAACAAGCAUGCUCUCAAUAGUGAGGGAAAAACACCUCUGGAUGUUGCAAGAGAAGUCACGGAGUACUACGAGUCUUUCAGGAUUAUAAGAAAGCUCACAGAUUAUAAACCCAGUCCCAAGCCAUUCAUGUACUGUGCGCCAGAGGUGAGCAAAGAAAAGCACAAGAGAGCCACGGAUAUGGUUAACAAAACCUUCGAUGACAGACGCAAUACUGAACUGGUGGUGGCAGCAUUAUUGGCCACCAUGACAUUUACGGCUGCGUUCACAGUUCCAGGUGGCUCGGACCAGGAUUCUAAGGAUGGGAACCAAGGGGCCCCUAUUCUCCUAGGCUAUUAUAUGUUUAAGCUCUUUAUUAUUUUCGACUGCAUAGCCUUCUUUCUAUCUCUCUUCGUUUGUAUAAUGUGGGAAAUGGCUUCAGAGCUUACCACAGAGGACAAGAUGUUGUUCAUGAGCGUCAGUGCUUUGUUGACCUGCCUCAGCUUUGGAUUCAAUUCUUGCGGUUUUAUGGCUGCAGUGCACACGAUAUUGGCACAUUAAGACCCGAUCCUCGCUUGGGUGAUUUUGGGUAUUCUCUUAUUCAUCGAAUUCUGUGUUACUAUUGCAUUUAUCCAUCAAUCGGUAAUUUUUGCAGUGGGGCGAGCUAGAUUCCACCGUUUGUGCGGUGUACCUCGUCUACUGGAUAGUAUUGUUGAAGGUGUAUGGGAAAGAGCAGAAAGUUUUGGGGUUCUCAAGAUUAUUCGCUCACUAGAAGAAGCUUCCCAUAAUGCAGUCGAAGGAGAUGUUGAUGAAACUUCCCAUAAUGCAAUCGUUCCGAUACGUUCCUGACCUUCAUCCUUGUAGCUCAACAAUCUGUUUAUUUCUUGCCGUACAACCUUCACUGUUUACUCUCUCCAUUACAUUGCAACGAUCGCCGUACUCCUCUAUAGGGUGUGAUUAUUUGUGGGCAUGUAACCUUAAUAAAUCUUUGUUAUGCAUAAUGUAAUGAUGUUUAAUUAUUAAAAUCAGCAUUAUCCGUGUUUUUUAAUGUAUCGGUGAGGGAAGGGGUUUCAC